UCUCCUUAUGCUGAGAUAUCGUUGCCAUUUCUGGCACCUAGCCAACCCUAUGAUAUCUCCAUGCACCUCGUUAUACCAGCAUCAGAGGCGAAUUUUGCCCUAGGGAACUUCAUGACUACUUUGACGCUCUCGACGCCUUCUAAUAGAACUCUGACAUCCAUUAGGAAACCAGCUAUAGUUCUGCCACCUACAAAAAGCCAAGUAUGGCCGUCGCCCAAGUUAGUCAACCUUGACAUUCUCUUCCUUGAGUCGCACGCACCCGGCGUGUCUCGCGUCAUCGCCAGAGUGGAAUUGGGGCGCAAGGAUGGAUGGAAGGCCCUUGGUAAUGGUGAAGGACGAGAGUUGAGUGUUUUUUCUGCAUCCCUGAAAGGAAUCGUCAAGCGCCACGGAAUUCGGGGGCUUGUGACACGCUUCCCAAUUACUUUUGCCAUUGUAUCAUCUGCCACUUUUCUCGUGAUAUCUCUUCUUGUGCUUGCGGCAUGCAUACUUCCUGCAAUUCAGUGGCGCUUCCCAAGUGAGGAUGAUGGAGCUGGUGAGCUGACCGAAGAAAUCGCCAAAGAGCAAAUGUACCGCAAGAGGCGGCAAAGGAGAAAGUUAUCCCCAAGGAAUGAAAAUGUUUCCCAAAGCGAAUAUAAAACAGAGGAUGUCCCGAUUGAUAUGCCUCCUGCUGUUACGUUCUCUGAUCAACCAUUACGGCGGCGUCGUUCAAGAGCCUCAGAUGUUUUCUACGAUUCUGAACCUUAGAUGUUUCUUCUUGAACUAAUCUUCCUGUAUAAUUUUUCACCACGGACGUGUUUCAUUGCCACACCCGACAAUUGUAUUCAUAGUUCUGUCCCCAGUGGUAGUAGUAGGUACAAUCUCGCCUUGUGUAAUUGCCUGUAAUUCCAGUGUUUCACACCGCCGUAUCAGGUUAAUGAAUUCUUUUUGUGUUGGCUU